AUAAAGUAAUAGAUUGAUAGAUUUUAGUUACCGCGGCUUCAUAAAAGAAAUGAGCAUUUUAAAGCGAUAUAUAUAAAUACACUCGCAUUAUAAUAGCAGCAGUGAGCACUAAAAUUACGGAAAUUCCAAGAAGGAAGCUAGCUCAGGCUUCCACGUCAAAACCCUCAAUCGCAAACAUAUUAGUAAUUAUAUCGGCCGAAUCUAGUUGGCUGACAAUUCUGAAAAACUCACUUGGAAAAUAAAAUAUAACGUAAAAAGAAACGAAAAUUGGAGGCAAACGAUUCAAAUAACUAAUACCAGAUUACAAAAUUGGAUCAGAGGAAAUAACAUGAAAAACUAAUGCAAUUAAAAUAAUUGUGAUAUUUUACAUCAUAAAUGGUGUGUCCUGUAGCGACUACGCAUUGUCGCGCUUCAAUCUUAUCGGAAACCGUUGAAUCCCCUCGAGCUCCAUUCGCCAUUCGAGCCCCGAUCAACGCAGUCGUAUUUUCAAUAGAACAUAGUAACAGCAGCAACGUACAUUAUUACGAACACGAGAACAAAAUACAUUCCCGUGGCUGCCGAUAUUCCUCAAUAGUUAAUUCUAAUAAUUCAAGUGUAAAUCUCAUUUCAAAGUAUGAAGUGCAGAAGAAUUUCGUGGAUAUGGUUAUCCCUUUUAUCAUUAACAAGCUUUUACGUGUCAAUACAAGCGACCACGCUAGACCCAGUGACCAUGAGGCAGGUACUUCCGGUGUACGCGGUUUUGGAAAAUGCUGAUCUUCUAAAUUCCAGCAGAUGUCAGACCCAGAUAGAUGAAUUUCGAAAUGCGGUGGAUAACCAGAUACUUUGGGCUCUAAGAGCGUUGGAUACCAGUGGCGUACCAUCCGGAGGUUUUGUCAUCGGGAAUAAUCAUUGGUUAGGAGACCAAGAAAGUUGCAAACUUUUCUCUGAAAAUCGGACGGCAUUUCUAUCGGAGAAAAUACGAAAGAACAAUUCGAUAUACCGGAACCCGAAUGAAGAGUAUUCAUCCUUUGAGUUUCGUUUCUUUAUUGCACGUGCGCGGCACAAUAGCACUGUGCAAUAUCAUGUAGAAGUGGAAGACGAAGAUUUGGUCACGCUUGGACUUUGCUUACCGGCGUCCUGCAGCAUAGGCGAUGUUGCCACUAUGCUUGAUAAAGUAUUUCGUAAUGAGACACUUUUCAUUGGUAAACUUUUUAGUAUACAUUUCAAGUUGAUCGAAGUCUCCGAUUUGGUGGAUGAUCAUCAAUGGCUACACUCUGCGAAAAUGAUUUCCAUCAUAGGAGUUUUGCUAUCAUUGUGUGCUACCGUAAUAGCGGCCACAUUAUACGACGUUUUCGUCCAUCGCAAGCGUUUAAAUAAAGAAAGAGGAAGGCUUAUAUCUAUUGAACUGGAGAACGUUAGGGAAGAGAAACAGGAAACCGACAACGAAAAACCGGCACCCCCCGAAUCGGCGAAGCGGAAUCGUAUAGGUCAACACCUUCUGUGCUUUUCAUUUCUUACCAAUGUGAAGGAAAUAUUUAAGCGGGAAAAGAGUGAAGAUAAACUACGCUUAUUCUACGGUUUGAAAACGUUAACAAUGGUAUGGAUUAUUCUGGGGCACUUAUUAUUCUUCGGAUUUCAUGUUAUGAGUAACACAUGGCUUGUAUAUACAAUGGACGACAAUAUACUCUCACAAAUCAUAAGCAACUUCACAUUAUCGGUGGAUGCAUUUUUUUUUAUGAGUGGUUUUCUGUUGUCAUAUACAUUUCUGAAGGAACGACAAAAAUAUCACGGAAUCCCGACUAUAGCAAAAAGGAUGAACGAAUUUUUUCAAAAGAUUGUCAAACGAUAUAUAAGGCUUACACCUGCAUAUUUCGUUGUUAUGUUGAUAACGAUAUUGAAUUUUACCUGGGACGAUCAUGUCUCAUUACUUCUUACCUUCGAGCAUCCACAUACAAAGUGUUCCAAAUAUUGGUGGACUAACAUACUUUACAUCAACAACUUCUAUAGGUGGGAUGAGCUAUGUCUCACAUGGAGUUGGUACUUGCCCAAUGAUAUGCAGUUCUUCGUAUUUGGCAGUUUUCUUCUAACUUUAUCGAUCACGCAUUACAAUAUUGCCGUGGGUAUAGGCGUUGUUACGCUAGUUUCAUCGAUAGGAUCACUAUUUUAUACGGGAUACACUCUUAAUUACCAGCCUACAUUGGACGAACAAUAUAAGACGCUGACAUACUUUUAUAUACGACCGUGGUGUAGAAUACCGCCAUAUCUCAUAGGAAUGGCCACAUGUCAACUUCUUUCAAAAUGGAAUUACAAAUUGCAUUUAUCAAAAAAAAGCUUAAUCGUUGGUUGGUCUUUGGCAAUUCUAUGUAAUUGUUCGAUUCUCUUCGGACUCACGAACAAGAACAUAUCCUUAGAUUUAUCCGUUCUUUAUUUGGCCCUCAGUAGAACAGGCUGGGCAUUAGGCAUUGCCUGGCUCGUAGUUGCAUGCACUACGAAUAAUGGCGGUAUCAUGAACAAAAUCUUAUCGCUAGAUAUUUUCGUCGUUUUGGGCAGAUUAACAUAUGGUGCUUAUCUCCUUAACCCUGUUAUUAUACUUUUGGCUUACUCUUUAAAUUACUAUGUUUUCUGCUUUAAUAUGGCCACGUUUGGCAUUUACGGCGUUACAAUGAUUGUUUGUAGUUUUUGUGCUUCCAUUCUGUUAUUCGCAGCAAUCGAAAUGCCGUUUAUAUCACUUCUGCGAUUGUAUAUUAGUGCACGAAGAAGAACGAAAGAAGCUUGUAGCAAUAAAUUAAUCUGAGUCGUCCAAUUAGUAAACUUAUGACAGGAAGUUACCAUUUCAAGUGUUGAAAUAUUGAAAAAUAUCAUAUAUCUUUAUGACAGUGAUCUCUGAACUUAACGUAAUUGAUUGUUAAUAUCAUUUCAUGGUUCGUUAUUCAUAAUGUAGUUUAGUUUAUUAAAAUACCAUGGAAGAAGAAUUAGUUAAGAGAAUCACUUGCGCAAAAGUUUUCCACGUUCUUCUUUAUUAACGAGGAUAUUGUACAUAAGAAAGUGACUUGGAAGACGGAAAGGUACUCGUGUACAAAUAAAUAUGGAUCACUGAAAGUAUGCAGUACCCGGCGACCUAUAAAAAUUUGUAAAAUCGUAUCUAUAUAAAUGGAUGAUAAUAUAAAUAUAGAAUAUGAUAUAAAGUAUACGAUGGAAUUCUGCCUCGGUGUAUUAAAUUUGGUCUACAAUAAAGUAUGCAGGCAGUAGUAUGGAACACAGACUAAGCAAUACGACAGUAGGUAAAAAUACCAAAUUUCAAAAACGUCACGGAUCAACAGGUGUCUAAUCGAAACUCUUCGCAGUUUAUUUCCGUAAGAAGCAACCCUCAAUUUCGAUUAGUGACCUCAAAGCGUCGCUCUAGCAUAAUAUUUUGUUAUCCGGAUACUACAUAAAACGCAGAAUGUGAUCUUUAUCUUACAUUGUAUUGUACAACACAUAUGAGUUUUAAACGCCGUGUACUAUUUGAGGAAAUAUGGCGUCUCCAUCUGAGAGAUUUGUCAACGGGAAUAAUUAUUAAUUACGAGAUCGUCUAGUUUGCAACAACCUCUCUGUAAAUCGCACGCUGCUUAUCUCGGAGGAAGAACGAAAGAACGAUAUGAUAUACCAGAACCCGAACGAGGAGUAUCCACCCUUUGAGUUUCGUUUUUUUAUUGCACGCAUGCGGCACAAUAGCACUGUGCAAUAUCAUGUAGGAAUAGAAGACGAAGUAAGCAUAUUGUUAUUUUACAGGUUGCACCUCAAAUUUAUAUUUCCAACGAUUCAAGCAAGUUAAAUUAAAUUGGAAUGUAGAAUUGGGAAAAAGGUGAGCAGUAUGGAAAUAUGAUAUAGAAUCCUCUUUAAUUUAUUUUCUCUUUGCUGUAUUAUGCUCUUUCCUUUUACGUUUCUCCCGUUUAAUGAAAAUUCGAUAAUUAAAUAGCAAGAUCAAGAAUCAAUUUAAUUCGUUGUAAUAAAAAGAGUCGGAGAAAGGAUUAGAGCUUUGGUAAAUUAUUCAGGAAAUUAUCGCGGAAAAUUUCACAGAGACACGUGCUUCGUUUCGAAACUGGAAGAAAUUAGAAAACGAAACCAUCGACAAGAAAGUUGACCACGUCGAAUUAAUUCGAUAAUACGCUUAUCGGCAUGCAUCGCGUCCCAAUUGCUCGCACGACGUGACGUCCCGUGUUUUGCGAGUCUUUGCAACUUCCUAACCGACCAAAUUGAUUCAGCUAUCGAAGCUGAUGAGCUACAUAGGACGAAGACUAUUACGAGAAAUUAAAAGUUCGAGACACAUAUAAUCGGUGAAAAAUCAAAACGAAAGAAGGUUUGCCUGAAGAAGAAUUUUUUCUAUCAGAGUCAGGAAAAUAGAAAUAAAUUUAACAUACGUCGGAUUUGACAUUUGUAACGAAAACUGAUAUUUUGGGGAUUUGAAGAGUUGACAUCUAGAAUUGCGAAGAUUUGAAAGUAAUAGAACUUCGAGUACUAGCAAUUUUGGAAAUUCGGAAAUUCAAAAAUAUGCAGAUUUGGAUGAUUUGAAAUAUCGAGAAUUAAGAAAUCGAAAGACUUGCAGCUUCCAAAAUUUAGACUUACAAUUUUCCAUUUCAAAAACUUUCAAUACCUUGAAAUUUCCUCGAAUAGCAACGCGUAUACGCGAAACUUGUAAAAUCCUUUACACUUAACCGUAAAAGCAUCUAUUUCAAAAUUUCACGAGAUAUCGAGAGAGAAUACCAAGGUACGAACUACGUGUCUUGACAUUUAACGUGACAGUCAAAUACGUUCGUAACUCUGAACAGGAAAACGAAGCGUCUCAAGCGAGACGAAACUUUGCUUAACUCGUCGAAUCAUCGAAUAACUUCUCACCGUGAUCCUGCUUCUGUUAAUUUGUCAACUCGAGAAUACACUCUCAACCAGAUAAACGUGACAGGAAAUGAUAUGUGAAUCCGACACGACUGUAUAUUUCAACUUCCAACUAUAUAUUGUGCAUAAUUCUGCUGCAACAUUCCUGGGCAAGCACGUGCAUCUUUGAUCAAAUUGUCGACAAGACGAAUUCACUUCAAACUUGGAUAUCUAUAUUAAUUCCAUUUCCUUUUAAAAUUUUGCUUCCGAUGGAUCAAAUUGAUCUUAGAGGAAAUUAA